UCGACUCAGCUUGUCGAGGCCACUCUAUCAAGGUAUUAUUAUUAUAGGUGUAUAUUUGCAUAUGUAUGUACAUAUAUUGAUCAAGGAGAUUGAUGCAGAUCGACGCGAGUUUUCAUGUGUGUUGACGUGCGUGUUGAAAGAAUUGAGUCAAUUCACGACGCCAAACUACGUCGACGCGACGCCCGACGGUCGAGUGUCGAGCCGUGAGGUAUUUUUCCUCUCACGGUUCGCUCGGUCGUAUUCUCACCUGAGCAUCUUUAUCUGUAAAUAUGCAUAAAAUGGGCAAGCUAAACUCAUCGAUCGAUAUUAUUCCGUUGCAAGGAUCGAGUGGAGAUUACAGAUCGAGACAUGUGGACAAUAAGCAAAGGAUGGAUCAAAGACUGUUCCGGGAUCAAUUGUUGAUCGGUCGCGUGCAAAUGUACAUGCACGAUAAUGAAAAUAAAGUAUAUAUCGAUGUAAAUGAUAUGGCAGAUGCAUUGCAAAAGCGAUACAGAGAUUAUCGUGGUAAGAAACGCGGUCCGUUUCGUAGUAUGGUACGUCAGGCUUAUGACGAGCUUACCAAAAUUUUUUCAAACAAGUCUUCGACGCGUGAAUGCUCGGUGUAUGACGAUGACGAUUUUGAGGAUGUCGAUGUCGAGUCAGAUUCACAGCGUGCUUCGAUAAGUGAUAUGUUAUUACACAUGUAUAAGAAACCACAUAGACAGAAUGGAAAUUCGAGUGAUAAAGAAUUGAUAGACAUUAGUAGCGAUGAUGAUGCAUCUAAAGUCGACUCCAAGACUGAAAAAGAUCUAAAAACUCCUGAACCUGGGUGUACGACAACUGAAGAAUCUUCGGGUAUGGUAGUUGUAGCAAACUCAGAAACUACAAGACUGGAAACUGCUGAAUCAGAAACGCUAUCUACCCUAAAGCAAGAAACAGCAAAGCCAGAAAAGUCUAUUACAAAGCCGGAAAUAUCUGUGAAAUCAAACAUACUUGUGAACCAAGUCGUAAAACAAUCAUUGGAAUCUACAAGAAAACGACAAAGAGAAAAGGAAAGUGGCAAUGGAAAAUUUUCAGUCAAAAAAGCGAGAAUUGUACCUAUUACGGAAUCAAAAAUUACAUUUGCUGAUGUAGGAGGCAAUGACAAAGUUUUGAAAACUGUCUGUAAAUUACUGGCUCAUAUGAAACAUCCUGAAAUCUUCAAACAGCUUGGUAUAUCUCCACCAAGAGGAUUUUUGCUUCAUGGACCACCUGGAUGUGGAAAAACAUUAUUAGCACAUGCAGUUGCAGGAGAAUUAAAUAUACCUCUAAUAAAAGUAGCAGGGCCUGAACUUGUGACUGGAGUAUCUGGUGAGAGCGAAGCUCGUAUCAGGGAAUUGUUUGAACAAGCUUUAAUUCUUGCACCAUGUAUCAUUUUUUUGGAUGAGAUAGAUGCUGUCACUCCACAUAGAGCUACAGCUCAAAGAGAAAUGGAAAGAAGAAUCGUUGCACAAUUAUUGUCAAGUUUAGAUGAAUUGAAUCUUAACGAAAAUGGAGACAGAGUACUGAUAAUUGGUGCAACAAAUCGACCCGAUUCGUUAGAUCCUGCUUUAAGAAGAGCGGGACGUUUUGAUCGUGAAGUGUGCCUUGGAAUACCAGAUAGAGAAGCACGGGCUAAAAUCUUAGCAGUGCACACUGAAAAAGUUGUAUUAGCUCCUAAUGUUAGUUUAUCAACAAUAGCUUCCCUUACUCCAGGUUUUGUAGGUGCAGAUUUAGUUGCUUUAAUUAGGGAAGCUGCCAUGGUUGCUGUAGAUAGAAUAUUUGAGAAUUUAAAUAGAUCAAAACAGGAGGAAAGAUUACCUGAAGUAACUGAAGCCGAGAAACAACCGCAUAAAGAAGUUGAAAUUUCCGAAAAUCUAAUUGAUACUAGUGUUCCAGCAAGAUCUCCUACUAUUACAAUUUCUACUACAAUUGAGAACAAUCUUACAUUUCCACAAAAGCUACCCAAAAGUUCAAUUCCAGAAAUUGCUGAAAUGGAUGUAAUUCAGGAACAUUCAGCAGACUUGUCAACUUUAUUGACCUGGUUACGUUCUGAACCUCCACUUUCCCAAGAAUGCUUAUCAACCUUGUGCAUUGAGCAUAGUGAUUUUGAGACAGCUCUACGCAUUGUUCAACCAUCAGCGAAAAGAGAAGGAUUUGCGACGGUUCCCGAUGUAACGUGGGAUGAUGUCGGCUCAUUGCGAAACAUACGACAAGAAUUGCAAAUGGCUAUUCUCGCUCCUGUUAAACACUCUGAACACUUUAAUACAUUAGGUUUAACAGCUGCAAGUGGAAUAUUAUUAUGUGGUCCACCAGGAUGUGGAAAAACAUUACUAGCCAAAGCUGUCGCCAACGAAGCUGGAAUUAACUUUAUUUCUGUUAAAGGACCAGAACUUUUAAAUAUGUAUGUUGGUGAAAGUGAAAAAGCAGUUCGUCAAUGUUUCUUGAGAGCAAGAAAUUCAAUGCCAUGCGUCAUAUUUUUCGACGAGAUAGAUGCGUUGUGUCCUAAAAGAACAGAAGGCGAUAAUUCCGCAACAGCACGUGUUGUUAAUCAAAUGCUUACGGAAAUGGAUGGUGUGGAGGGUCGGCAAGGGGUAUUUCUUAUGGCAGCUAGUAAUCGACCCGAUAUUAUAGAUACAGCUGUUUUGAGGCCAGGAAGACUGGAUAAAAUUUUAUACGUUGGUCUUCCGAAUGCUUCAGAUAGAGUGGAUAUUUUACGUGCAGUAACAAAGAAUGCAACGAGACCAAAACUUGCUUCAGAUGUUAAUUUAAAUCAAGUGGCAUAUGAUAAUAGGUGUGAUGGUUACACUGGUGCAGAUUUAGCAGCUUUGAUAAGAGAAGCUGGUAUGGAAGCAUUGAAAGAAAUAAUAGCUGGUUAUGGACAACCAGAAAUUUCGAUGCGACAUAUUUUUCAAGCAUUUGAUAAAAUGCAGCCAUCCGUUCGUGAGAAGGAUAUUAAGCAUUAUGAAAAGUUAAGCAAAUUAUAUUCGAUAAGGAAAAACCCUGAAGUUACACCCAUGGAUACGCCAGUAGAAGUUACACCAAUGGAUGCACCAAUUGUUGAUGUGGUUAUGGAGCCAAUGGAAACUUAAAAGUACAAUUAUUAAA